UCUAGUUCUAUCCAGAACCCACUCUUACUAACAUUUAUAUAAACCCUCUAUCUCAUUCUCAUCACAUAUAAUACAAAGCACUAACGAAAAUCACAAUACUAAAUACCUAAACGACAUUAGCAAACUCCAAACGACAGUGAAAGAAGCUUGAUCGCCGAACAUGAAGCCUAUCAUCGACGACAAGAAAGACACUGUUACAAUCCGAGCGGUGAGCCGCGACGAGGAAGGACGUAAGAGAGUGGAGAAGGCUGAGCUCAAAACUCACGACGUCGACACCGCCAAGUACGUGGAGAAGAAGCUCAUCGACAAAGGGGUUCAGAGGUUGGAACGCCACCCGGCCAACGGGAUUGGAAUCCGUAAACCGCCACCCAAGUCUGGCCACGGAGGCAAGUACACGUGGGAGGGCCCCGGCGAGAUCGUGGAGAACGAGCUCUCACCGACGCCACCUGCCAUCGACGAAGGAGACCCCAAUUAUGUGGACGAGGUGGCGGAGGAGAGGAUCGUGAGAGGUGAGGAUAAGGAGGUGGCUGGGCUUGUAGUUGGAGAAGUUGAGGUUGCGAAAGUGGUUGAGAAUAGAGAAUGUGUUGCUAGGAUUGAGGUUGAUCCUCAUAUCAAACUUAAUUAGAAAUUAAAAUUGAAUUCAAGUGUGUUUUUGUUAUGUUUGUUGUUGGUUUGUUUGACAUGAGAAAAUGAAGUGGGUGACUUUCUAAUAA